GCUCCCCCUUUUGUUCUCUCAUCUCCUCCUACUCAUGUGUCAUACCCAGCUCCCCCACCCCUGUUCACACUCAGCUCCUCCUACUCCUGUGUCACAUCCAGCUCCCCCACCUGUCACUCAGCUCCUCCUACUAAUGUGUCACACCCAGCUCCCCCCACUCUUGUUCACACUCAGCUCCGCCUACUCAUGUGUCACACACAUCUCCCCCACCCCAUUCACGCUCAGCUCCUCCUACUCAUGUGUCACACCCAGCUCCCCCCACUUUUGUUCUCUCAUCUCCUCCUACUCAUGGGUCACACUCAGGCCCCCACCCAUGUUCACACUCAGCUCCUCCUACUCCUGUGUCACACUCAGUUCUCCACCUGUCACUCAGCUCCUCCUGUGUGUCACGCCCAGCUCCCCCACUUUUGUUCUCUCAGCUCCUACUCGUGUCACACUCAGUUCUCCACCUGUCACUCAGCUCCUGCUACUCAUGUGUCACGCCCAGCUCCCCCCACUCUUGUUCACACUCAGCCCCUCCUACUUAUAUGUCACACGCAGCUCCCCCCACCCGUUCACACUCAGCUCCUACUCAUGUGUCACACCCAGCUCCCCCAGCUGUGUCACACUCAGCUCCCCCCACCCCGUUCACGCUCAGCUCCUACUCCUGUGUCACACUCAGCUACCUCCCCCAUGUGCCACAUCCGUAUCCUCCCCCAUUUUGUGUUUCUUGAGUCCCUGUGCAUGCAGGUUCAUUUAAACCCCUUUCUCUUCUAUCUCUGUCUCUGUCUCUGUCUCUGUCUCUCUUUCUCUCUCACACACACACACCCAGGGGCAUUCUGGCCUUGGUGUCCUGCCCCCAGGGUUUAUAUGUGUCUUUCUUUCACACAUACACACACACACACACCCAGGGGCAUUCUGGCCUUGGUGUCCUGCCCCCAGGGUUUAUCUGUGUCUCUGUCUCUUUCACACACACACACACACACACACAGCCCCCAGGGUUCAUCCCUUGUGCUCAGGAACGGAGUUGGUAACUGGAGUCACUUAUUUUCUGACACUUGCUGUCCGCCUGCGCGUGCCAGGCUGAGUGUGGAGGUGGGUGGGUUGGAGAGACACGCAGGGUAGGGGAGGUGGUUCUUCUGCACUUUAUUGAGGUGGGGUCAGCACCCCCCAGCGCACGUCAGGGGGCCGGUCAGUUUGCAGGUCCAGCGGCCAUCAGCACAGUGGAGGACGUUUGCGUCACCUUCCACGAAGCCUGGAGCCUUUAGGUGCCCCUGCCCCAGCCUCUGUGUGUCCUCCUGCGGUUCCCCGAGGGAGCUCCCAGAUGCAGGAAGGGAGGCAGAGACGUGCCUAGGCAUCAAAGCCUCGGAGGCGGUGCCCUGGCCUGGCUGCCCAGCCAGCCCUGUGUGGGGCCCAGCUGCGGGAGGCAGGGGUGGGCGGGGCUGGGCAUGCUGGGCAGGUCCUGGCGCUGCCUGGGCUGGCUGUCCCUGGCUGCCGCUGCUCUAACCGCUAGCAGCCGGCGUGCGGUCCACUUCGGGAGGAGGGUCGCGGCCCGCGGUCGGUAGUUGGGGGAUGGGAACGGCUUCAUACAGGAGUUGAUUGCACAGUCAUCCAGCUCCUAUAUGAUGCCUUUCUUCAUCCUCUUCAACCACGCACAGCCUCCGGACCCUCCGCUGUGCCCCGGGCUGCAGGGGGACACGUCUCGAGCUUGCUGCCGUCCCGUCCACCUCCACACGCCCCGCCCCGCCCCGCCUCGCAUGCUCUGGGGUGCUUCUCCCCCAGGUCCCCCAGUUCCUGGAGGGAGAGCCUGGGGCUGGCCCGUCUCCGAGGCCCCCUUGGAGCAGAAGGCCCUGUACCUCCGUAGGGGCAGUCCCUGAGCCACCCUUUGGGCCUGCUGUGCUGGGCAUGAGGGCCGAAGGCGGGCUCAGGGUCUGCCCUGGGGCCAAUCUCGCUGAGCAGUUGGGGCUGCGCUCCCACAGGGCGCCCUCCGAGGGGACCCGGCCGCUGCCCUUGGCUCGCAGCACCGACAGCGCGGGCUGACUGCCCCAUGGCCCAGGAGGAGGGUCUCCUUGAGGGGCCUCUGCCUCUACCCAGGGCUCUCCCGUGACCAGGAGGCUGAGGCCCCUCACAGGCGGCUUCUCACCAUCUCCUCAUCCCACCUGCCCCGUCUUCCCAGGACCCCAGAAGCUGACAGUGGGCAGCCCUCGUUCCCCUUACCCCUCUGCAUCCCGCGCCCCCCACUAACUCCAGUCCUGUGCAUGACUGCACUGCACCUCUGAGAAAACUGGCACCAUUAACUCCAUAAACCCACCCCACAGCCAGCCCAGGCACAGCGCCAGGGAGGGGAGCCACGCCCACCUCCUGCACCUGCUCCCCCUUCUCACCUGGGUCUGCCGGUGUCUCCUUGUUGAGUUCCGCAACGCGAGUGCAGGUCUCUAGGCCUGGGGUCACCUCUCACGGCCUUGGGACCUGACCAGAGUGCCCCCGGGCCCAGCAGCAGGGCAGCGG